CUGACAGCCCAAAGGCUCUACCCCAGUGAGUCAGUAGUCCCGCAGCCGCCGCCCUGUCCGGAGAGAAGUCGGAGGAGGAGCAGAUUCCCGGAACCGGAGAGCACAUCCCCGGGGUUUAACGCAAUCAUGUUCCUGAUUAAUCAGUUUAUGGGUGGCGGUGGUGGCGGCGGGGGAUUCGGCGGCGGAGGAUUCGGCGGCGGAGGAGGAAUGUUUGGAGGCAUUAUGAAUGCACUCAGCGAUGCUGCUUCAAACUACAGACCAGAUCCUCCGCCUCCCAGAACCCAUCCUUCAGUCAUUCAGGCAAAUGAGAAUGAUGAAGAUCGACAGUUCCGGAGGGUCUUCAAUCAGCUGGCUGGAGAUGACAUGGAAGUGAGCCCAACAGAGUUGAUGGGAAUCCUCAACAAAAUAAUUGCAAAACAUGCUGAUCUGAAGACAGACGGAUUCAGCCUGGACUCGUGUCGCAGCAUGGUGGCUGUAAUGGAUAGUGACAGCACUGGCAAACUGGGCUUCGAAGAGUUCAAAUACUUGUGGAAUAACAUUAAGAAGUGGCAGGCUAUAUAUAAAAGAUAUGAUGCUGACCGCUCAGGAACAAUUGGCAGUGCUGAACUUCCCAAUGCUUUCCAAGCAGCUGGUUUCCAGUUAAGUGGUGAGCUGUUUCAGAUGAUCAUUCGACGUUAUUCUGAUGAGAAAGGAGAAAUGGAUUUUGAUAACUACAUCUGCUGUCUGGUGCGACUAGAUGCCAUGUUCCGCGCUUUUAAAGCCUUGGAUAAAGACGGGGAUGGGAGGAUUAAAGUGAACAUUCAAGAGUGGCUGCAGCUAACCAUGUACUCAUGA